AUGGCUUCCCGCUCAGCAUUUACCAGGCUCGCACCCGUACUGCGCCAAACAGCACGCCCCAGCGCAUCCCCCAUCAUGCGCCUGAUCCCCCAAGGCGUCUUCGCAUCCCAAGCACCCCUCCAACCCGCCGUCUCGGCGCGCCUGGCACACUCAAUACCGAAGCCCAAGGCCGCGCGCAAGGCGGAGGACAUGUCGGACCAGCAGAUCCGCCUCGAGUCGAACCCGCACUACCAGCUCGACUUCACCUGCGUCCCCUGCGACACCCGCUCCCGCCACAAGGUCUCUAAGCAGGGCUACCACCACGGCUCCGUCCUCAUCACCUGUCCCGGCUGCCGCAACCGUCACGUCAUCAGCGACCACCUCGGCAUCUUCGGCGACAAGAAGGUCACCGUCGAGGACCUCAUGCGCGAGAAGGGCAGGCUUGUGAAGAAGGGUACUCUCGGCGAGGAUGGCGACAUCGAAUUCUACCCCGACGAGGGCGCUCAGGCUGCGGAUGGAGAGAAGAAGGACUCUUCUUGA